GUCGCAUGACGAUCUCAAGGUGAGACCGCGAGAGUCAGCCAUCUGCAACCAUGCAUUCAAAUCAAGCAAGCCGUUUUGCAAUAUUAUUUCUCUUUGGAACMAUAGUUGCUCCUUAUUCGGUUAAUGCCAAGCAGCCACACAGAAAAGUCCUUAUUCUUGGUGCUGGUUUGUCAGGRAUUGUUGCUGGAAAGACWCUUAAAGACAACGGGAUUAAUGACUUUCUAGUUCUGGAAGGACAAGAUUACAUCGGAGGGAGAAUCAAACAGGCAGAAAUAUCUGGAUAUAAAAUAGAGGAAGGGGCCAACUUCAUUCAUUAUAUYGAGGCUGAGGCAACUGCGCCGUUAUGGAAUAAAAAGAAAACAAAGAAUUUGACUGGAAUUUCUUCAGAUACCUCUAACACAAUCUUUAGAAAUGAAACCGGCGCACUUGUUAAUGAUGUUGCCAGCUAUACAAAAUUCUUGAAAGCCCUCGCAAAAGUGGAUGACGCGUUACAAGAAAGAAGAAAAGAGAACAAGAAACCGAUUUCAGCACGUGAAGGACUUUCUCUCAUUGGCUGGACACCAAGYACUCCUUUUCAGUAUGCUUUGGAGUGGCUCUCGUUGGAUUUUACAUUUGCCAAAAAAGUAGAACUUCUUCCGUUCAGCUCUYUGGAAGGCAUAACAGAAGAAGGGGAAGAUGAUUUCUUUAUUACUGACCAGCGUGGGGUGAUCGAGCUUUACAAAGAUCUUUACAAAGRAUUUGAGAGUAAGAUUAAGUUGAACAAAACGAUUGUUGGAAUCAAAUAUAAUUCCAGCUUUGUGGAGGUGACUACCAAAGAUGGAGAAGUGUACACUGCCGACUUUGUACUUUGUACAUUCAGCACAGGAGUUCUUGCCAGUAACAUGGUUACAUUUACUCCUCCAUUGCCAGAUUGGAAGAACAAUGCCAUUGCGAAUAGGCCGCUUGGUGCUUUUACCAAAAUAUUUGUCAAAUUUCCAAAGAAAUUUUGGGAUGACGAUUUUUUCAUUGGACUUGCAAACAAGCAACGAGGAUAUUAUCCAAUUAUCUUGAAUCUAGACAUAAAGGGGGCAUUUCCAGGAAGUGGCCUAAUGAUGAUGGCUGUGGCUGGCGAUCAGGCUAGAAGGAUCGAGAAACAAUCUCUUCAGGACACCAAAGCUGAGAUUGUUCAGCUUCUGAGAGGAGUUUAUGGGCWAAAUAUCAGUGAACCAACAGAUAUCCACUACGGGCGGUGGACUCAAAACCCUUACGUACGAGGUGCUUAUUCAGACGAAAAAAUAGGAUCCAUUGCAUCGAAAACAUCUGCGGAUUUACAGAAGAACCUAGGCAACGUGUACUUUUCAGGCGAAGCGACGAGUAGAGGAUGGUUUGGAUAUAUGCAAGGUGCAUACUUUACAGGAGAGAAUCAAGCAAAAGCUAUCGCUGCAGCUAUCAAGUGCAAGGAUGAAAAGACUUGUCCGACUUCUAAAGCCACGAGAAUUGGACCUGUUAUAUGUAUUUUUGUAGCCAUAAUGACAUGUCUCUUGUGUAUCGUGUAACCGUGAAGAUUGAUUCUCGUCAAAGUGAAUAACUUCAGAAUACAAUUGUUAUAAGACAACAUUUAUUAAAUAGCAUUC